UUUCUUGCGUUUGCAUUCGAUUCAUGAGGACUCGCUCGAGCUUCACAUGGUGCGGCUGGAACUGGAGGAUGUGGAGAAGCAGAUCCGCGGCCUACUCGACAAGCAGGCCCAGCUGCUGGAGCGACAAACUGCGCUGGAAACAUCUUGUGCCUCUGCCCACAUAUCCAAGGUAAGCACACAGCGUGGUAUUUCCACUCCCAGCCCCUCUACGCCGUGUGUUUCUCUGUGCAGGGACCGUGCACCUAGGACUUUCCCAGCCGUGGUCUCCGUCACGCCGGCGCCAACACACCUCGGGCCUUGGGUGAACCAGCGGCGGAAGGCACGGGCUGGACCCUCUCCACCUCCGGUGUUCGAGAUUCCAACCAGGAACCGCUUCGCCCCUCUCCGCCAGACCAGACCCAACGCUGUGAUCGUCGGGGACUCCAUUGUGCGGAACGUCCGUGUAGCCUCAUCUAAAGGUAAGGUGCGCACACACUGUUUUUCUGGUGCUUGUGUCCUUGAUGUCGCUGCGCAGGUAUCCGGGAUCCUGAAGAAGGACGAGCGCAUUGGAGCGGUUGUGCUGCACGCGGGGACGAACGACACCAGGCUGCGGCAGACAGAGGUACUGAAGAGGGACUUCUCCAGCCUGUUCGAGACGAUACGAGGCAGAUCACCCACCGCAAAGAUCAUCGUCUCUGGACCUCUUCCCACAUACAGACGUGGAGCAGAAAAGUUCAGUAGACUUCUAGCAUUAAAUGAUUGGUUAGUGUCUUGGUGUAAUGAGAAGAAUCUGGUGUUUGUCAAUAACUGGAAUCUGUUCUGGGAGCGUCCUAGGUUGUUUCGUCCUGAUGGCCUGCACCCCAGCAGCCUUGGAGCGGAACUGCUUUCAGACAACAUUUCCAAGGCGCUACACUCCAACCCCACACGAAUUUAUGGAGAUACUAGAGAUCCAGAUCCUUUCUGCCUCUGGAUGGAGCUCAAAUCUUCUUUAAUUCCAGACUGCUGGGACUACGGCUGCUCCUAACGCCAUACAGACUUCAUAUAAAUCCAUAAUGAACUUUUUCACACUAACUGUUGUUACCCAGAUGAGGAUGGGUUCCCUUCUGAGUCGGGUUCCUCUCAAGGUUUCUUCCUCUUAAAACAUCUUAGGGAGUUUUUCCUUGCCACCGUCGCCACUCAGUGGCUUGCUCAGUUGGGAUAAAUUCGCACCUUUAAUAUCUGUAUACCAUGUUGAUAUUUCUGUAAAGUUGCUUUGAGACAAUGUCUAUUGUAAAAAGUGCUAUACAAAUAAAAUUGAAUUGAAUUGAAUUGAAUUCAUGUCAUGGCAAACUAGUGACUCGAUUUCCCAGAAUGCACCAUAACUACAAACAUGGCCAACCAUGACAAUAACUUCCAAACUACACACAGACACAUUCACUUCCCCAGAAAUACACACACCUGUUCCCAAUCAGACUCACAAUCACACCGCAAUUUAAAAGAGACUGUUCCACCCUGAUGUAUUUGCAAAGUAAUCUGCUCAGUUGCUGUAGUCUCUGUAGAUUACCAAGGUGUUCUACUGUGUUGUUUAUUUUAUUAUUGAUUCUGCUUUGCCCUUGACCUUGAUUUCUGCCUUACCUGCUCUAGUCUGUUUGCCUGAUCAGUUGACCUCUGCCUGUCUUUGUUAAUGUUUUUGCCUUGUACUUUGAAUUAUAUUCUCUUCAAUAAAAGCUCUUAACUGCA